GUGCAUCUCGGAGCCGUUUGCCUGCGCUGCACGACUGGCCCACUCUGCCUUCUUGAUCGGGGCGGCCAGAGAGGGGACCUCGAAGAUGAGGCUGAAGGUAUUUUGGAAGGUGAAGGAGCGCUGGAAGAGAUUGGAGGGUGCCCGCAGAGUCCUCUGUACCAGCAACGCUCCAGGAGCAGCUUACGAUGCCGCCCGGUGGGAAAUGGAGGCAUUCUUGGGGAGGAGGAGGCCUCUGAACGGGGCCCGCCGAUGCUCUGGAUUCCCUGCCGACUUUCUGGGUGCCCAAGGAAGGGGGCCUGCUUCCCUGGAGAAACGCACCCAUCUCCAGAAAGAGCUGCAGCCCACGAAGCAUCCAGAGGAGAGCUGCUGCAGGAGACGGACGGCCGAGUCCAGCAGCGAAGAAGGAACCCUGAUGGAUUCGUACAAGGUCCAAGUGGCAACCGGGACGUUCUGGGGCUCGGGGACCUUCGACACCGUCUCCAUCACCCUGGUGGGCUCGAGGGGCAGCAGCCCCAAGCAGACCCUGAACAACACAGGGAAGGACUUUGCCCCGGGAGCGGUGGAUGAAUACAAGGUGCCCAGCGAUGGGGAGCUGGGCCCGAUUCUGCUGGUCCACCUCCACAAGGAACCCUACCUCUUCUUCCCCGAGGACAGCUGGUACUGCAACUUUGUCCAGCUCGUCACCCCACAGGGAGAGACGUCCCGCUUCCCCUGCUACCAGUGGAUCGAGGGGUACACGACCCUGGAGCUGAGAGAAGGCACAGCCAAACUCGUUUGUGACGAUGAAGGAAACCAGUUGCUUCUGCACCACCGGGCAGAGGAGGUGAAGGCGAGACAAGAGGCAUACAGGUGGGCAGAAUUUGCGCCGGGGAUGCCUCAGUGCCUGGCUGUGGAGAACAUCGAGGAGCUGAACACCAACGUGAAGUUUUCCUUUACCAAGCUCAGCACCUUUCUGCUGCGGUCAAAGCUCACAUUGAUGGAGAUGAAGCUGAAGGGGUUCAUGGACUGCCAGGAGUCUUGGAAGAAACUGGAAGACAUCCGGAAGGUUUUCUGGUUCAACAGGACACCCGUUUCCGAGUACGUUGCCGAACACUGGCAAGACGACGCUUUCUUCGGCUCCCAGUAUCUCAACGGCGUCAACCCCGUGGUAAUCAAGAAAUGCACCCAGAUCCCAAGCAAUUUCCCCGUGACCCAGGAGAUGGUUGCCACGUCUCUCGGGGCAUCCGCCACCCUGCAGGAGGAAAUCCAGAAAGGGAACGUUUACAUCGUGGAUUACAAGAUCCUGCAGGGGAUUCCGACGAACACGAUUCAAGGGGAACGGCAGUACAUGGCAAACCCUCUCUGCCUCCUGUACCAGACACCUUCCGGGGAGCUCCUCCCCAUAGCUAUCCAGCUGAGCCAAACUCCAGGCCUCAACAACCCCAUCUUCCUUCCCAGUGACCCCGUGUGGGACUGGACCCUGGCAAAGAUGUGGGUCCGGAACGCCGACUUCCACAUCCACCAGAACAUCUCCCACCUGCUCCAGACGCACCUGGUGGCCGAGGUCUUUGCCAUCUGCACUCUGAGGCAUCUGCCGUUGUGCCACCCGGUCUUCAAGCUCCUGAUCCCGCACUUCCGAUACACCCUCCAGAUCAACGCUUUGGCCAGGGUCAGGCUCAUCAUGGAAGGAGGGAUGAUGGACAAGGCUACCUCAGCAGGCUACAAAGGAAUUGUGCCCAUUGUGGGGAAAGGAACCUACAGCAUGACUUACGCCUCCCUCUGCCUCCCCGACGACAUUGCGGCCCGCGGAGUCGCCUCCGUCGCAAACUACCACUACCGGGACGAUGGGCUGAAGAUAUGGGCCGCCAUUGAGAGGUUCGUGGCCGGCCUCGUCCGGUUCUACUACAAGAGUGACGGCCGCGUCCAGAGCGACCCGGAACUCCAGGCCUGGAUCCGAGAGAUCUUCAAGGAAGCCUUCAAGAACAGGAAGACCUCGGGUGCCCCCUCGUCUCUGGAGACCAUGGAGCAGCUGACCAAGUUCUUGACAAUGGUGAUCUUCACCUGCUCAGCGCAACACGCUGCUGUCAACUCUGGCCAGUAUGACUAUGGCGCAUGGAUCCCCAACAGCCCGCCCUCCAUGAGAAGACCCCCACCCACCACGAAGGGCGCAGAGACCUUGGAGACCGUCCUGGAGACCCUCCCUAAGGUCAACACCACAUGCAUCGCCCUCUCCUCCCUGUGGUUGCUAAGCAACGAGGCAGGAGACACGAGACCUUUGGGCCACUAUCCCGAUGAACAUUUCACCGAGGACGAGCCAAAGCGGCUCAUUGUGGACUUCCAGAACGACCUGGCUAAGAUUUCUGAGGAAAUCAACGAGAGGAACAAGUCGUUACCCCUCCCCUACAACUACUUGAACCCACCUCAGAUCGAGAACAGCAUCUCGAUUUAGGUCCCAGGUGUGUUUAGCGAUGUCAGACUGACCUGCGUUACAAAGUCGGUCCAACUUGUAACAACGCUAAGCUAUAUUAUGAGUUGAUUCCUCUCAAAAGUUCUUCUCCGGCUCAGAAUGUAAAACGAGACACGACAAGAUCCUCUGUCUUCUGUAUGUAGGCAUGUAGAUGUUUGUCAGUGUUUUAAGAUUUUCCCUCCCACCGAACUCUCUGGCUAAUGUGAAGUUACAUAAACUGAAAGGCACCUUCAAACUUUUUUUAACGGUAAUUUUCGUUGAGACCCUCUUGUCGAUUCU